AUGGAUGCAGUCGACGCCCUCCGAGCCUUCUUCAUCCUCGCAGCUUGCACGAUUCUUGCUGUUAGUCUGCCAGACUCGCUUCGGUCGCGCUUCGUCCCCUACGGUGCUCGUGCGACAUCGACAGCUGCAGCCGAGUCAGAGACCUCCGCGACCGCGACCGCAACCUCGACCUCCGAAUCGACCUCAGCCUCGUCCUUCAGCGCAUCCCCGGUGACACGCGCCCUUGAUUACGCCGCCACGCUGCGAGUCCCUCACAGUUAUUUCAUCCAGUUCUACGUCAUCUCGGUGCUGUCGUCGAUCUUCUGGGCUUUGCAGCUGCUGUCUCACGGCCGCGCGUUCCAGGCCAUCGCAGCUCGAAUCCGGCCGGAACACUUGGACCCAGCGGUCUCGAUCAACCAGGUCAUGCUGUGCUGGAGCUUGCUGCUGAUCCAGGGGGUGAGACGGCUACAUGAGUGUCUGAGCUUUUCCAAGCCUUCGGCGUCCAAGAUGUGGUUCGUUCAUUGGCUCGCAGGUGUCGGGUUUUAUUUGGCUGUGGCCGUUGCGGUCUGGAUCGAGGGCGCAGGUGGGUUUGGAAUAUUCUUUGGGUUUGAGGCGUCUGUUGAUUGGUACCGCAGGAACGGUUCUCGCUCAUCGACUGAGUCUGGACGAUUUCAGUCUGACGAGCCGCUUCUCGGGUCGCACGCUUUUGAGUCUCCCCAUCUUCCUCGUUGCAUCUGGUAUUCAACACGACUGCCACCAUUAUCUGUUCUCACUGAAGAAGUACACCUUACCUACUCACCCCAUGUUUAG